AUGAUAGAUUAUAGUAAAGAAAAGUAUAACAGGAAUGAAACAAUUAGAAAGGCCUUUUCUCUUUUUUCGUUUCCCAGUAAUGAAGAAGAAAAGGUUAUUAAUUUUUGGCCCCUUAAAUUUAAGAAUAAGGAAGAGGAGUUGGCAUAUAUUGCAAAACUAUGUGAUAAUAUACAAAAGAAGAAAUUCGUUUCUCUGAUUUCGCAUUUGAGCUCUCUCUUGCUUAUGUACUCCAUUUGUUUAGUCGUUGGCAAGAUUAAUGAUUUAUUUUCUACCCUAAAAUGGACUUUCACAUUUUUACACAUCUUCGCCGCAGUCAACGUGGUGUUAACCCUAAUGCUGCACCACACACAUUACGUGGAGAGGUUUAAAACCAUCAGGGCCAAGCUUUUUAUUUCUUACACGAUUUCUGUACUCAUCCUGUGGUGUUCUUGGCUAUUCAUUCUAUUCAACGACGUCAAAGACCACCUACCAACGGUUGUAAUUGUGAACAACUUCCUCUACGCAACCUAUACCCACAACAAAAUCAACAUCGUCCUGUGCUUCUAUGCAUACCUCCCAGUCCUGUAUUUGAUAACGAUAAUACCAUGCAGAAUAUGCUAUUCCUGCGUUUUCGAUGUCCUGUUCUUCAUGAUGAAGGUGUCGAUUUAUUCCGUGUACUACAUCAUAACGAUGAAGAAUUAUGUCCUUACAGAUAACAUUUUUAUGAUAGCCUCAUCUCUGGUAGGAAGCAUUUUCAUAUUCGUGAUACGAUACAUCAUUGAAAUUCAAAGAAGACUUGCAUUUAAUAAUUGGAACAAGCAGACGAAGCAGAUUAUUAAACUAAAAAUAAACUUGAAGGAGGAGAAAGAUAGACCGUCUGUGACCAACAUCGAGGAAAUCUAUGACAUAAUUAAUGAUUCCAUUGGAAAUUACUAUGAUUCAAAUGCACCCUCGAAAGAAAAAGAUUAUGCCAUCAUGAACAACUUAAAAAAAAUUUUAAAUAUUCUCAAGGAGGACAACUUAUUUUCGCCAGAUUUAAGGACGAUAAACAAGAAGAAUUACAACCACAUCUAUGGCUACAUGAUGGACAUAAAAAAAAAUAAGCAGCGAUCGGGUGGUAAGGGUGAACCGAAAGAGCAAGACAACGAAACACACACAGAAGAUGGGGUUAACGAAGGUGCGGAAGAGUCUGAAACGGAAUCAUUGGUAGAAUCGAUGUCCGAUAUGGGGAAAAAACAGGAACUGGAUUUGCUAUCCACAAGGUUGUCAAAAAAGGAAGAGAUUAAAUUGGACCAAGGCGACUUUGACAUAAACGUGCGUUCAGGAGAUGUAGCCGCCAGAAUAUACAACACCAAAUUUUUGAACACAGACACACCCAAUGAUAACAUUUUUACACAACUGGGAAUGAAUUUAUUGACCAAAUGCUACACCGCAAAUCACAACGUGCCAAAUGAAACCCUACAUUCGCUGAUUUGUGAAAUGAAAGAGGGAUAUAACAACGUUCCUUAUCAUAACUGUAUUCAUGCAGCCAUGGUAGCAGAAAAUUGCAAUAUGCUCGUGAACAAUCUGGACACAGUGAAUAUUUUGCGAGAUAACGAAAUGGCUGCUUUCCUUUUGGCCGCCUUAGGGCAUGACAUUGGCCACUUUGGGAGAACAAAUCUCUUUCUCAAAAAUUCAAGCAAUUUCUUAAGCGUAAUAUAUAACGAUAAGUCCAUUUUGGAGAAUUAUCACUGCUCCUAUUUAUUUCACAUUCUUUUUAAGGACCAAAAUAACAUUUUCAAAAAUGAAAGCGCCAAAACUAUGCUCAACUUGAGGCAAGAAAUUAUACAAGUAAUUCUCGCAACGGAUAUGAGCAAACAUAUAAAAAUUUUGGCUCAGUUCCGUAUAAAAUCCAUUAAAAUUAGAUCAUACAUAGAAAAAAAUAUUAUCCUAUGUUUGAAGAUGAUAAUAAAGGCUGCUGAUUUGUCUCACAAUUGUGUAGACUGGAGUGAACAUUAUUUGUGGGUCAAAAGAUUAGUAAACGAAUUUUACCACGAAGGAGACGAACAGUUGGAAAAAGGAUAUCAAAUUAAUCCUCUCUUUGAUCGGAAUUCGCAUGAUAAUUUUAUAAAAAUCCAAAGAACUUUCUUAAAGGAAUUAGUUUUCCCCUUAAUUAUUUCUCUAAAAAGUUUGGACAGAACUUCCAUCACACAAUUUAUGAUGGAUAAGGUUAAACGUAAUUAUUCCAAAUGGAAAAAAAUUGAAAAAAACCCUUCCAAAAGGAAGAAAUACUUAAACGAAUUGAUAAGUAAUAUUCCAGAUUCGUGGAAAAAGUUGUAUCAUCCUAAUUUAGACAUUUACCAGUUGCAGAAAUGUACGUGA